AUGCCUGAGAGACAGAGUGAAUCGAGGGGAAAAACACUAGUCUUCUUCAUGAGUAACCUUGAACUGCUCGGCCGGGUAACCGGCUACGGUUUCUUCUCUCAGCUCGGCCGGGUAACCGGCUGCGGUUUCUCCUCUCAGCUCGGCCGGGUAACCGGCUACGGUUUCUCCUCUCAGCUCGGCCGGGUACCCGGCUACGGUUUCUCCUCUCAGCUCGGCCGGGUACCCGGCUACGGUUUCUCCUCUCAGCUCGGCCGGGUAACCGGCUGCGGUUUCUCCUCUCAGCUCGGCCGGGUACCCGGCUGCGGUUUCUCCUCUCAGCUCGGCCGGGUACCCGGCUACGGUUUCUCCUCUCAGCUCGGCCGGGUAACCGGCUACGGUUUCUCCUCUCAGCUCGGCCGGGUACCCGGCUACGGUUUCUCCUCUCAUCUCAGCCGGGUACCCGGCUACGGUUGCCGCUCUCAGCUCGGCCGGCUCGGCCGGGUAACCGGCUACGGUUUCUCCUCAGGGCUGCUGCUCUCAGCUCGGCCGGGUAACUCCUCUCAGCUCGGCCGGGUAACCGGCUACGGUUUCUCCUCUCAGCUCGGCCGGGUAACCGGCUACGGUUUCUCCUCUCUGCUCGGCCGGGUAACCGGCUACGGUUUCUCCUCUCAGCUCGGCCGGGUAACCGGCUACAGUUUCUCCUCUCAGCUCGGCCGGGUAACCGGCCAGGGCUGCUGCUCUCAGCUCUGCCGGGUAACCGGCUACGGUUUCUCCUCAGGGCUGCUGCUCUCAGCUCGGCCGGGUAACUCCUCUCAGCUCGGCCGGGUAACCGGCUACGGUUUCUCCUCUCAUCUCAGCCGGGUACCCGGCUACGGUUGCCGCUCUCAGCUCGGCCGGGUAACCGGCUACGGUUUCUCCUCUCAUCUCAGCCGGGUACCCGGCUGCGGUUUCUCCUCUCAGCUCAGCCGGGUAACCGGCUACGGUUUCUCCUCUCAGCUCGGCCGGGUACUGCUGCUCUCAGCUCGGCCGGGUAACUCCUCUCAGCUCGGCCGGGUAACCGGCUACGGUUUCUCCUCUCAGCUCAGCCGGGUAACCGGCUACGGUUUCUCCUCUCAGCUCGGCCGGGUACUGCCGCUCUCAGCUCGGCCGGGUAACUCCUCUCAGCUCAGCCGGGUAACCGGCUACGGUUUCUCCUCUCAGCUCGGCCGGGUACUGCUGCUCUCAGCUCGGCCGGGUAACUCCUCUCAGCUCGGCCAGGUAACCGGCUACGGUUUCUCCUCUCAUCUCAGCCGGGUACCCGGCUGCGGUUUCUCCUCUCAGCUCGGCCGGGUAACCGGCUACGGUUUCUUCUCUCAGCUCAGCCGGGUACCCGGCUACGGUUUCUUCUCUCAGCUCAGCCGGGUACCCGGCUACGGUUUCUCCUCUCAGCUCGGCCGGGUUACCGGCCAGGGCUGCCGCUCUCAGCCUGGCCGGGUAACCGGCUACGGUUUCUCCUCUCAGCUCAGCCGGCCAGGGCUGCUGCUCUCAGCUCGGCCUGGUAACCGGCCUGGGGUGCAGCUCUCAGCUCGGCCUGGGCUGCUGCUCUCAGCUCGGCCGGGUAACUCCUCUCAGCUCGGCCGGGUAACCGGCUACGGUUUCUCCUCUCAUCUCAGCCGGGUACCCGGCUACGGUUGCCGCUCUCAGCUCGGCCGGGUAACCGGCUACGGUUUCUCCUCUCAUCUCAGCCGGGUACCCGGCUGCGGUUUCUCCUCUCAGCUCGGCCGGCUCGGCCGGGUACCCGGCUACGGUUUCUCCUCUCAGCUCGGCCGGGUACCCGGCUGCGGUUUCUCCUCUCAGCUCGGCCGGGUACCCGGCUGCGGUUUCUCCUCUCAGCUCGGCCGGGUACCCGGCUGCGGUUUCUCCUCUCAGCUCGGUCGGGUAACCGGCUACGUUUUCUCCUCUCUGCUCGGCCGGGUAACCGGCUACGGUUUCUCCUCUCUGCUCGGCCGGGUAACCGGCUACGUUUUCUCCUCUCUGCUCGGCCGGGUAACCGGCUACGGUUUCUCCUCUCUGCUCGGCCGGGUAACCGGCUACGGUUUCUCCUCUCAGCUCAGCCGGGUAACCGGCUACGGUUUCUCCUCAGGGCUGCUGCUCUCAGCUCAGCCGGGUAACCGGCUACGUUUUCUCCUCUCAGCUCAGCCGGGUAACCGGCUACGGUUUCUCCUCUCAGCUCGGCCGGGUACUGCCGCUCUCAGCUCGGCCGGCUCGGCCGGGUACUGCCGCUCUCAGCUCGGCCGGGUAACUCCUCUCAGCUCGGCCGGCUCAGCCGGGUACCCGGCUACGGUUUCUUCUCUCAGCUCGGCCGGGUACCCGGCUACGGUUUCUCCUCUCAGCUCGGCCGGGUUACCGGCCAGGGCUGCCGCUCUCAGCCUGGCCGGGUAA